CGGAAGGGAGGCCGCUGGGGCCCUCCGCCGCGGGGGCGAGCGCGCAGGCGCCUUCCUGGGAUCCGCGGCGGCGCGAAUCUCCGCGUUCUGCGGGCGGCGGGUAAACAGGACUUUUAACCACCACUGAAAUCAGGAGACAACAUUCACGGCAUCUUCUCAGAAGACAUCCCUGGGGACUUCCAGUCACCAUCCCCUCUCCUCCCCAGAGGCUUCUUCAUUGACAUAAAAAUCAAUAUUUAACUGUUUGGAAACGAAGCAUCACUUAAAAUCCUGUCAAACUCCUAAUUCCAAAGAAUUGAUAACAUUUCUCUGAUCAAGAAAAGAAGUAACUGACUACGUGUUAAAAGUAUUCCGCAUAAGUCCCCCUCCCUAAAUUUGAAGAAGAAAUAUGGAGAAAUGGUACUUGAUGACAGCUGUGGUCUUAAUAGGACUAACAGUACGGUGGACAGUUUCUCUGAAUUCUUAUUCAGGUGCUGGAAAACCCCCUAUGUUUGGUGAUUAUGAAGCUCAGCGACACUGGCAAGAAAUUACUUUUAAUUUACCAAUCAAACAAUGGUAUUUUAACAGCAGUGAUAAUAAUUUACAGUAUUGGGGACUGGAUUACCCACCUCUUACAGCUUAUCAUAGUCUUUUGUGUGCAUAUGUGGCAGAGUUUAUAAAUCCAGACUGGAUUGCUCUCCAUACGUCACGUGGAUACGAGAGUCAGGCGCAUAAGCUCUUCAUGCGUACAACAGUGUUAAUUGCUGAUUUGCUGAUUUAUAUACCUGCAGUGGUUUUGUACUGUUGCUGUUUAAAAGAAAUCUCAAUUAAGAAAAGAAUUGCUAAAGUAUUAUGCAUAUUGCUGUAUCCAGGCCUUAUUCUUAUCGAUUAUGGACAUUUUCAAUAUAAUUCUGUGAGCCUUGGCUUUGCUUUGUGGGGUGUUCUUGGAGUAUGUUAUGACUGGGACCUGCUAGGGUCACUGGCAUUUUGCUUAGCUAUAAAUUAUAAACAGAUGGAACUUUACCACUCUUUGCCAUUUUUUUGCUUUUUGCUUGGCAAGUGUUCUAAAAAAGGCCUCAAAGGAAAGGGGUUUGUGUUGUUAAUUAAGCUAGCUUGUACUGUUGUGGCUGCCUUCCUUCUCUGCUGGCUGCCGUUCUUUACAGAAAGGGAACAAACCCUGCAAGUUCUAAGAAGACUCUUUCCAGUGGAUCGUGGAUUGUUUGAGGAUAAAGUAGCCAAUGUUUGGUGCAGCUUCAGUGUCUUUCUGAAGAUCAAGGAUAUUUUGCCACAUCACAUCCAGAUAAUAAUCAGCUUUUGCUUUACAUUUUUGAGCCUGCUUCCUGCAUGUAUCAAAUUAACACUUCACCCCUCUCCCAAAGGAUUCAAAUUUACUCUGGUUAGCUGUGCACUAUCAUUCUUUUUGUUUUCUUUCCAAGUACAUGAAAAGUCCAUUCUUUUGGUAUCACUACCAGUCUGCUUAGUUUUAAGUGAAAUUCCUUUUAUGUCUACUUGGUUUUUGCUUGUGUCAACAUUUAGUAUGCUGCCUCUUCUGUUGAAGGAUGAACUCCUAAUGCCCUCAGUGGUGACAAUGAUGGCAUUUUUUAUAGCUUGCGCAACUUCCUUUUCAAUAUUUGAAAAGACUUCUGAAGAAGAACUGCAACUGAAAUCGUUCUCCAUUUCUGUUAGGAAAUAUUUUCCAUGUUUUACAUUUCUUCCCAGAAUUAUACUACAUUUGUUCCUUUUCUCAGUAAUCACCAUGGUCCUUCUGACACUGAUGACUGUCACACUGGAUCCUCCUCAGAGACUACCGGACCUAUUUUCUGUAUUGGUGUGUUUUGUGUCCUGCUUAAACUUCCUGUUCUUCUGGGUGUACUUUAACAUUAUCAUCAUGUGGGAUUCCAAAAAUGGAAGAAAUCCGAAGAAAAUCAACUAGCUAUAUCCCACAAUGUGAAAUGUCCAUAGUGCUGCAAGGUCUUGUGAACUUUUUUGGUUGUGUAUAAAUGAAAUGAUCAUCUUGAGAAUCAUGGAAUUAUAGGAAAGGAAGUGGUGAAAAGUCACUGUCAUCUACACAAAAUAAAUGUAUAUGGGGACCAAAGCAAUGGAGGCUUUUAUUUUCUAACUACUGAGUGGCCAAGACAUAUUGUAGUUUUAUUAAUAUUCACAUGGGAAAAUAAGAGAAAAAUGUCCUUAAUACCAGUGUUUACUUAGGAAAUAUAUUCUAUAACUUGUUGUCUUGAAAAAAACCUGCAAAUACAAUGUGCUUAAUAGGAGAAUUUAGCUCUUCUUUUUGAAGGAAAUCACUGUUUUUGGUAUUCAGGUUUAGUUUCCCUUACAUUUUAGAAUGCAAAUAAUGUAUGUUUCAUUCUUUAUAAAUUAUAUCUCAGGGAUUAAACUUGUGAUAAUCUUUUAACUUACAAUGAGAAGGCAAUUUAAACAUGCUUAAAGUUUGAACAUGCCUUACUGCAAGUGCAAAUUUGAAUUUUUUUUUAAGAAGGCAGAGAGAUUAAAACUGUGUUCUUAUUUAUUUCCAAGAACUCUGAUUUACUUGAAUGCAAUUAAAUGAUGAAUUUUCCUGGAUUUAAAUCUAAGUGGUUUGAGUGAAGUCUUUUUAAUUACUCAUGAUCAUUAGUUCUAAACUUUCAGGAUCAUUCCGUUUAAGUUAAAUGGCCUUAUACAAGAGUUCAUCCUUCUGUUUUUUAAUUAGGACACGGUUCAGGGCUGCCAUAAGCAUUGAUCCAUAUCAUCUUCAUGUUAACUUAGCUCUGUUAAUACUGUAUCACUCUGUGUUAGAAGAAGCCCAUCUUUACUGUAGUAAAAAUAAUUUAUUAUAGCCAUGUUCUCAUGUAAAGAUGUGUCUUUAGUCUCUGUAAUAAAAAUAAAACAAUCAUUUUUCCAUUAA